GUCACCUUGGAUACCAAAGACGCAACUUUUUGUUUGGAGAGGGGGGCGCUUUAGCGAGAGAGACCCAGGAGAUCAAAACUCAAGAGAACAAUAAAAGCCUAAGUAAGGACCAGAACCAAGGGAAGGGAAUUGUGAGAAAUGGAAGAUAGCUCCACAGACACAGAAAAAGAAGAGGAAGAGGAGGAGGGUGAAGGGUCUGAACCAGACAUCGGUUACGCCGUAGUGCCCACGAUUAACAUUCAAGAUGAGCGGUUUGUUGACUUAUCUGCAACUCCAGCUUUCCUUUGCCUGAAUGAGCUACACGCGCUGGGAAAAAUUCCUGGAACCAGAAUGGCGGAGUUGAAAGCCAAGUACACGUUGCUGCAUGACGCAGUGAUAAGCACACAGGAGUCCGAGAUCGAGCUGCUGCAGAACGCCAAGCGCUUUGCUGAGCAGAUCCAGCAGCAGCAGUUCCACCUGCAGCGAGCCGAAGGCUUCCCGGAGUCGCUGUCCACCGAGGUCUCCAAGAUGCGGGAGCAACUGCUCAAGUACCAAAAUGAGUACAACGCCGUGAAGGAGAGAGAGUUCCACAACCAGUACCGGCUGAACAGCUUAAUGGAAGAAAAGAACCUCAUAUUAAAGGAAUUUGAGAAGAUACCAAAGCCAGGAGAAAUAGAGAAGAGGAUGAAAAUUCUGAAAGAAAGCACUGAAGAAUUACGUAAGGAAAUAAUACAGAAGAAAUUAGAAAUUAAAAAUUUACGAGAGGACUUGGCAUCUAAGCAAAAGCAAUUGGUCAAGGAGCGGAAGGAACUAGAAGAAGUGUUGGAACACCAGGUCGUCCUGAAGGAUGAAGUGGUCCAACAUCAAACUAUUCCUAUACAGAUCGGAAAGGAGAUAGAAAAAAUAAUGCGCAAAAAAGUAGAAAUGGAACGGAAAAAAAUUGUCUUGGAGUACGAAGUCAAAGAACUAAACAACUCCCUAAAGAAAGUGGAAAGCAAAGUUAGUGCUCUGGUGGAAGAGAAGGAGGAUGUAAUGAAGGAAGUUGAAAGCAAACGAGCCUUACUCGAAGUCAGAGAGCGGGAGUAUAACCAACUAGUCAAGCUUUUGGAAUUAACCCGGGAGAAUGAAGCGUCGUCACUGACCGAAAGAGGGAUUUUGGACCUCAGUUUACGAAACAGUCUCAUCGACAAGCAGAACUACCAUGAUGAGCUUUCUCACAAGCAGAGAGAAAAGGAACGAGAUUUUCGAAACUUAAAAAAGAUGGAGCUCCUCCUGAAAGUGUCAUGCGAAGCCCUCACGCAGACCCAAGCUUUGCACCAGAGGCUCCUGCUGGAGAUGGAAGUGAUCCCUAAAGAUAACUCUGUGUUAUCGGAAAGAAGGCGAGAGCUCUACAAGGAAGUUGAAGUCGCUAAGAGGAAUUUGACCCAGCAGAAAGUUCUAUCAGAAGCUGAGUCAAAGUUAGUAGAACAACAACUUGCUGAAGAAAGCAGCCUCGUACAGGACCAAGAAACCUUUCGAAAUUUGGUAGUCAACCUUGUCCGUGUGAUAAAAGUAAAAACUGAUGAAAAGGAACAAAAGUCCAAGGAUUUCUUGAGAGCUAAGCAAAAGUACGAGAACCUUGUCAAGGAAAUCAAAACAAAGGAUCUUGAAAUCAGAGUACACAAGAAGAAAAGGCAUGAAAUUCAUCGGAGGCUCAAAGAAUUCGCUAAACUCUAUGACACAAUUCGUAAUGAGAGGAACAAGUUCGUCAACCUACUCCACAAAGCUCACCAGAAAGUAAACGAAAUAAGAGAAAAGCAUAAGACAUCACUAAAUGAGCUGGAAAUUUUAAGAAGCAGUGCGGUGACUCAAGAGAGAAAGAUCCAGAACAGCCUGUGGAAGCAGGCCAACAACAUCACCAUCAGAGAGAGCAUGCGAAGUGAUGUGUGCAAAAUUGUGACGAAAGUGCAGCAAAUGAAAGAGAAGAAGGAAACGCAGUUAAACAACCUGGACAGUCUGGCACACACGAUCACCAUGAUAGAGGAGGAGAUGGUGCAGCUUCGCAAGAAGUAUGAGAAAGCUGUCCAGAGGAGAAAUGAAAGUGGCGUCCAGCUGAUAGAGCGGGAAGAGGAAGUGGCCAUUUUUUAUGAAAAAAUAGACAUCCAAGAAAAGCUGAAACUCAAUGGGGAAAUGGAAAUACACAUCCUGGAGGAAAAGAUCCGCUUCAUGAAGUUGAAAGUUGCAGAGAAGCAAAGACAGAUUCAUGUGUCCCAGAAACUACUGCCAAAAAAGAGGGCCCUGGACGAGGGGCUGGCGGUGCUCCAGAUUCAGUUUUCACAGUGUACAGACAGAAUCAAAGACCUGGAGAAAAAGUUUAUAAACCCUGAGGGUAAGAACAGAACCCGCCUUCUUCCAGGGAAAGAUCUGACCCAAGAAGAAAUGAUCAAAAAAUUAGAUAAGCUGGAACUGCAGCUGGCCAAGAAGGAGACGCAGUUACUGGAGAAGGAUUUCAUCUAUGAACAGGUCUGCCGGCUCACAGACAGGCUCUACAGCAAGACUGAGGCCUGCAAGAUGGACACACUGCACCUAGCCAAGAAGAUGAACGGCUAUCAGAGAAGAAUCAAAGAUGCUACCGAAAAAAUGAUGGCUGUCAUCGCUGAGCUGUCCAUGACACAAGCCUUGACCAUUGAACUCCAAAAGGAAGUCAGAGAGAAGGAAGAAUUCAUCUUCUCUUGCACCUCCAGGAUAGAAAAGGGUCUGCCGCUCCAUAAAGAGAUUGAGAUGCAGUGGCUGAAGGUUCUCCGCGAUGAGAAGAUGUACACCUUGGCGGUGGCUGAGAGGUCCCAGGAGUUGCUAGAAACAGAGAAUCGCCAGCUGCCCAGUGGCAUUUACACAACCGCGGAGCAGCGUCCCAAUGCCUACAUCCCAGAAGCAGAUGCUACUCUGCCUUUACCCAAACCGUACGGUGCUCUGGCUCCAUUUAAGCCCAGCAAGCCCGGAGCCAACAUGAGGCACAUGAGGAAACCUGUUAUAAAGCCGAUCGAAAUCUGAACGUGUGAGCUGGUCCAGGCCCCUCAGAGAGAGGAUCCAAGCAGGCGUCUUCACUCCUCCACCUGGAGAAUGUCCGCGCCCUGUCGCUACAAUCCAGACAAAUGAGGUACAGCCAACCGCAGGGAUAACACAGUUUGCUGUUGUAAUCACCAGCUACCACCUUUUUCAUUGUGUUUAGUAGGACAUAGAGUCGUUCUACAGUUAUGUCAAAGCAUAUAAUUGAAUUGCUCCCAUAAUUCCUUUCUAUUCUUUAUACUGAUGUUUAGAAAUACAUAGAAUGCAAAGUGCUGUAAAAGUGUAGAAUAAAUAAAUUUUCAAUGAGGUGUGAAAGCACAGUGUUCUUUACUAGAGAAAACACAAAUCCUGUGGGGUACUGCAUU